AUGGUACUAUCACCAUCAUUUGUUAUUGCUACUAGUUUUCAUUUUAUUUUUUGUUUUCUUAUCUAAUAAAUCGAUAUCCUCUUUGAUGUAAACNUGAAAUUAAUCCAUGGGCAACAGAUCCAAAAAAUAAAUUAUUUUGUAUUGAUGCUAAGAUUAAUGUUGAUGAUAAUGCUAAAUUUAGAUAAAAGGAAUUGGUUGAAUUAAGAAAAACAUCUGUUGCAUCUGAAUAAGUAGAUCCACAUGAAGAAUUAGCAUUAGCUGCUGGAUUGAAUUAUGUUGCAUUAGAUGGAAAUAUUGGUUGUAUGGUUAAUGGAGCUGGAUUAGCUAUGGCUACAAUGGAUAUAAUUAAAUUAUAUGGAGGAGAUCCUGCAAAUUUCUUAGAUGUUGGAGGUGGUGCAAAUGUUGAAUAAGUUAAAACUGCAUUUGAAAUCUUAAAUUCUCAUCCUAAAGUUGAAACUAUCCUUAUUAAUAUCUUUGGUGGUAUCAUGAAAUGCAAUAUCAUUGCUGAAGGUAUCAUUAAAGCAGCUUAAUUGGUUGAUCUUAAAACACCAUUGGUUGUUAGAUUAACUGGAACAAAUUCUCAAUAAGGUAAUUAUUAUUCUAUAUAUUUUUAGGAGCUAAAAUGUUGGAUGAAUUUGCUAAAUCAUAAACCAAAGUACAAAUUACAACAGCCACAGAUUUGGAUGAUGCUGCUUAAAAAUCUGUAAAAAUUGCAAAAGUAUCUAGAAAGCAAUGA